AUAUUUUAUCGAGUUGUUCGCGAUAAUCCACUGUAAUCCCAAUCCCGCACGUUGGAUUUGCGCGGAUCCACGUCACAACCCACAACGCUUGCUUCCUCGACAUAAAUACCCACUCUCCACAUUUCACCAACUCAUCGCUUCAUCAUCGCCAUCUUCUUCUUCAUCAUCUUGGAAGUCAUUCUUCAUACUUUCUUGCCAAGGAACGAGGACAGAAGCUAAGCACAGAGCUAGAGAGGCCGCGCGAGAGAGAAGCGAUGAAGCUAGUUUGGUCUCCGGAAACUGCGUCCAAAGCGUACAUCGACACCAUCAAAUCCUUUGACGAUCGGCAAGAAUCCGGCGUCGCGGAGCUUGUGGCCGCCAUGGCGGCGGGGUGGAACGCGCAGCUCAUCAUCGAGACCUGGUCGAGGGGAGGCGUGGUUGCCACGAGCGUCGGCCUCGCGGUAGCUGCCCGCCACACGCGCGGGCGGCACGUGUGCGUGGUCCCCGACGAGGCGUCCCGGUCGGAGUACCUCGAGGCGAUCGGAGCCGCCGGUGGGGCUGCGGCUGAGGUGAUCGUCGGGAGACCGGAAUCGGCCAUUGAGGAGCUGGAAGGGAUCGACUUCAUGGUGGUGGACUGUCCGCGAAGCGAUUACUCCAAGGUGCUAAGGAAGGCCAAGUUGAGCAGCCGUUGGGCGGUCCUGGUGUGCAAGAACGCGGCGAUCUCCGGAGCAGGCGCCCCGUCGCGGUGGCGGAGCAUGAUGGAGGGAGGAUCGCGGCAGGUGGUGCGGUCGGUGUUCCUGCCGGUGGGGAAGGGAUUGGACAUCGCGCACGUGGCGAGCACGAGCGGUGCAAAGGGUCGGAGAAGGUGGAUCAAGCACUUGGAUCAACGGUCGGGGGAGGAGAUCGUUAUUAGAAAAUAGUCUUAUUUU